UUUCUCCACCCGACUUGCUUCCAUUGCUCUUCGCUCUUCGCUCUUCAGUCCUCCCUGUUUGCUAGGGUUAGGGUUUUCAAAUCCACGCGCGUAACUCAUCUAUGCUCUCAACUCUCAGUAUCAGACUCAACUAUUAGGUAAAGGAUCAUGGUGGGAUUUAAGAAUAGGUAUAUGGUAUUGGAGGUUAUCUUGGAUCCUAAUAGAGAGCUGGUGAGAAAAGAUCCUGUUAUAAUUACCUCAUAUAAUGUUACAAACGCUAUCAAAGACAGCAUUCUUGAAAAUUUUGGGAAGUGUGGUCUGGCUUCAUCGUUUGGAUCAUUCCUAGUGAAGUAUGUAAAUGACAUUACAAGGCUGUGUAUCAUUAGAGCUUCAAGGGAGGAAUAUCAAAAAGUAUGGUCUGCAGUUACUAUGGUCAGGAGUAUUGCAGGGUGCCCGGUGCUAUUUAAUUUGUUGGACCUAAGUGGAAGCAUCAAAGCUUGUAAAAAAGCUGCCUUGAAGUGUGAUGAACUAAAAUUUGAGCAGCACAAGAUUGCGGUUGGAUCUAAUCUUUCAGCUCAAGAUACUCAAAAAAUGCAGAACUAUCUUGACAAGAUCAAAGGCCUGGAGCACUAAAGUUCAACUGCAUUUGGUGUGACAUACUUAUUCAGAUGGAGUUUGGUGAGCCUUCCUUCCCCGUCUCCACGCCCUGGCUCCAUUGGUGUUUGGUGUCUAUUAUCCAGCCAAAUCUGUGGCUCGUGUGGAAUCCUGAAAAGUUAGGAAAGCUGAAAGGAGAGGAAGCUUGCAGGAACAUCAAAUUUGCUUCUAAAUAGGUGUGAAAGGUUAUGUGGUUGUAAAAUCAAGUAGUGGAUUAGGCAGAGGAAGUAUUUGAUUUGCCUAUAUAUCUAUCUAGUUUCUUGGGGAAUAUGUGCUUGUGCUGUCGGGUUUGUGUUAUUUACUAGUGGAGGGGACAAGUACGUGUAUUGCACAUACUCUGUUGUGAUGACGAUCAAGCAAGUGGCAAAAUUCAUUUUGUAUAAAACUAUCCAACAAGCGAAAGCUUAUUUUUAUUUUAUAUAUACAGUAAGUAAGAACAACUUUAUGUUUA